UUGGAGGCACAGCCUUGAUGCUGUUGGAGCACUGCUCAGCCGUAGCCAAAACACUGGGCUGUGACCAGCCUCUUUCUACACACCCCUAGAAAGCACAGCCCCAUGCUGCUCGACCCAAUACAACUGCUGACAGCACGAGGACUCCCUUGGGGCAGGCAAACGCCUCGCCGGUGGCAAGAAAAUCCAGAAGGAUCUUGCAGGACAGAGCGAGUGGGCAAAGAGGUGGCAGGUGACGCUUACCCUUAUGGCAUUUAUCUCGUGAUGGCUGAUAGCAGCCGACUCCUCUGCUCUCCCUAAACCAUAUCUGCCAGUCAGGGGCAGAACUGGGGCUGGAGGGACCUGGCGGGGCCCUGAAUCCACUUCUCAGGCUGCCAAAAUGUUCUUCAUGGCUUUUGGGGAGCUGACUGCCCCCAGGCCCCUGAAGGCACAGCUCCUCCAGGCUGGAUAUUUUCUGUAGGGGAAUAAAUCGGCGUUUCUUGGCACUCCAAUCUCCAAACAGAGCUGCAUUAUAAAGCGUUAUUGUGAGAAGAGGUUCGUUCCCAAAUACCUGGCGACUAUUGGUAUCGACUACGGCGUCACAAAAGUGCAGAUCAGAGACCGAGAGAUCAAGGUGAACAUCUUUGACAUGGCGGGACACCCGUUCUUCUACGAGGUGAGGAAUGAGUUUUACAAGGACACGCAGGGGGUCAUCCUGGUUUACGACGUUGGACAAAAGGAGUCUUUCGACGCGCUGGACGCGUGGCUGGCUGAGAUGAAGCAGGAGCUGGGUCCCCAUGGGAACAUGGAGAACAUCGUCUUCGUUGUCUGUGCGAACAAGAUCGACUGCACCAAGCACCGCAGCGUGGAUGAAAGCGAGGGGCGGCUCUGGGCAGAGAGCCGGGGCUUUCUUUACUUUGAGACAUCGGCACAAACAGGAGAAGGAAUCAAUGAGAUGUUUCAGACUUUCUACUCGGCCAUCAUCGACCUGUGUGACAACGGUGGGAAACGCCCUCCUUCCAGCACGGGGGUCAGCUUCACCAAAGAGCAGGCAGAUGCCAUUCGCAGAAUCCGCAACAGCAAGGACAGCUGGGAUAUGCUGGGGGUCAAACCCGGAGCCACAAGGGACGAAGUGAACAAAGCCUAUCGGAAGCUGGCCGUGCUGCUCCACCCCGAUAAGUGCGUGGCUCCCGGCAGCGAGGACGCCUUCAAAGCGGUGGUGAACGCCCGGACCGCGCUUCUCAAAAACAUCAAGUAGGGAACAGAGCCGCUCAGAGCUGGAAACCUUCCUCUCCUCCCAGCUAGCUCCCAGGCAGGCGUACGGCUGUGGGGCACCCCUCUCCUCCUCACGCUCACCGCUGGCACGGACACAAGAUGCUCCCAGCACCCGCCCUGGAAGCGGGACUGCAUCGGACCGUAGUGCAUUUGUGAUAUGGUGGAAAGGGGGCAGAAUGCUGAGGAGGGGAGAGAGACCCCAGACCCCUCCCUGCAUCCAUGGCCUCAGGUCGUGGUCAGCCUAAGUGCUGAAAGCAGUGAGGUCCCCACCUUCCCGGAUGCGUUACGCCUCCUGGGAGUUGCCAGUCGUGGAGGGGUUUGGAUGUGUGGCACCCACCUCCUCAUCACAGCACAGAGUCUCCUACCUCCACCUCCUUCCCCAAGCUCAACUCAUUGGGAAGAGCCCCCAAGGCUGCAGGCCCUCAAGCCACGUGCUCCCUCUCUCCCAGCCCUCCGCUCACGCCACGCUGGCGAGCUUCGGGUAUGUGCCACCAGCCCCUGUCGGGGACUGUCCUCAGCUGUGGGUGGCCCUGGCUGUUUGCAGGCAGGAGGAGGGUGUGGACCCAAGGAGGAGGCAGUUCAGCCCCCAGCAUGGCUGCCUCUUGGCUCUGCCCUUCCUCCUCUCGUCCAGCCUCAUCUCCCGAGCUUUGCCCGCAUCGCAGAGCUUCGUGGGUGCCCACGAUUUGCCUGCUCGCUUGGCCCCGCGGCGCUCCCGGGUUAGGUGAGCGGUGCAGGGGGCAUAUUCCUCCCCCAACCCUCUUUUCUCACAGCAGCAACGCGUCGCCCUGCUUUGGGGUUGUGUUAUGGGUUGCUGAUCAGCGGGUGGGUGCCAUUUGCUCCCUCCAGGUCACAGCUGUUGUUUUCUUUGAACAGUUUUGGUGAUUUAGAGGGGAAUGUUGCUGCAAGAAGUGCAUGCAGAGGCUUGGGAUCUGGUCGUUGUGAUCCUGAGGGAGGUCAGUGCUGUGAUGGCUGCCAGGCUCUUAGGGGACCAAACAGGAGAUCCCUUGGGGUCCUGUGGUUUUGUCAGGACCCAGUUUUAUUUCCUUGCUGCUGUGUGAGCUUAGUAGGGAAGGUCAGGACACUAAGCUAUGAAAAAAAAGCCACUGAGGGUGCGUGUAUGUAUCCUUACCCCACCAUGCAGGAUUCCUGUUCAAAAGUGUUUUCUUCUAUGGUUAGUGCAAUAUUUUAAU